AUGUUGUUAAAUUCCUAUUUCUUUACCACGUCAUUAACUUUGUUAGCAACGAGUUUAAACUCCGUUUUUGCUGCUGACAGUGAUGAUUCUAGCAGUAACUCGACCCUAGCACCUAUUGAGAUCAAAGGUAAUGCAUUUUUCAAUUCAGAAUCAGGUGAUAGAUUUUACAUUCGUGGUGUGGAUUAUCAACCAGGUGGGUCAUCAAACUUGACAGAUCCAUUAGCCGAUGUGGACAUUUGUAAAAGAGAUGUCCCUGUCUUUAAAGAUUUAGGUAUUAACACCAUUAGAGUUUAUACUGUGGAUAAUUCUUUGGAUCAUGAAGAAUGUAUGCAAUUGUUAGCUGAUGCGGGUAUUUAUUUGAUCUUGGAUGUUAAUACUCCUGAUAGUUCCAUUUCAAGAUAUAACCCUGCUUGUUCUUACAAUGCUGAUUAUUUACAAAACGUUUUCGCUACUAUUGAUGUCUUUGCUAAAUAUGAUAAUGUUCUAGGGUUCUUUGCUGGUAAUGAGGUUAUUAACAGUAAAAAUACGACUAAUACCGCUACUUAUGUUAAGGCGGUUGUUAGAGAUAUGAAGAAAUAUAUUAAAGCAAGAGAUUACAGAAAGAUUCCUAUUGGUUAUUCUGCUGCUGAUAUUGUUGAAAAUAGACAAUUGGCUGCUGAAUAUUUCAAUUGUGGUUCUGAUGACGAUUCUAGAAUCGAUAUGUUUGGUGUUAAUGAUUAUUCUUGGUGUGGACAGUCAUCUUUUGUUACUUCAGGUUAUAACACAAAGAUGCAAUUAUACAAAGGUUAUUCUAUUCCAAUUUUCUUAAGUGAAUUUGGUUGUAAUGAAGUUGUCAGUUCAAGACCAUUUACUGAAAUUGAAGCUAUCUAUUCUACACAAAUGUCUUCAGUUUUCUCAGGUGGGUUAGUUUACGAAUAUUCUAACGAAACAAACAAUUAUGGGUUGGUUCAAAUUAAUGGGGACACGGUUACCAAAUUAGAUGAUUUUGUCAACUUGAAGAAUGAAUAUAGUAAAGUAUCAAAUCCAACUGGUGAUGGUGGAUAUUCUACUUCUAAUAAUUAUUCUACUUGUCCGGAUUUCGAAAAGGGUGUUUGGGAAGCAAAUGCUACAUUACCAGCCAUGCCAAGUGCAGCUUCAGCAUAUUUCUCGACAGGUGCUGGUGAACCAAUGGGUACUAUUCUUUCCACUCAAAAUAAUUGUUAUGAUGAUGAUGACGACGACGAUGAUGAUGAUUACGAAGAUGAUGAAGAUUCAUCCUCAUCUUCCGCUGUUUCAUCUUCAAUUUCUUCGUCAUCAACUGAAGAAGAAGAAAGCUCUUCAAUGUCAAGUACAGCUAACUUUACUUCAUCAGUCACUAAUACUGCUCAAGUGAGAGUUACGUCUAGAUCUAGUUCAGUUAUAAGUUCAACUUCAGCUUCAACUUCAAGCUCGAGUAGUUCAUCGAGCUCAUCCAGAGGAUCAGGCUCUAUCGUUGAAGUACCAAUGAUUUUCCAAGUCAUUGCGGAACUAUGGAAUUAUAUCCUUUGA